AUGCGUUCAUUUUACCUUGUAGUGCUGGGCCUGAUGGCAACAUCGUCACUUGCGGCUCCCAAGAAAGCCGCUCAGGAGGGCAUCAGUGCCUUCGAGGCCAUGGCCAAGUUGAAAUCAGGACCUCAUGUAUAUGUCCACAUCGCGGACGACGGAGUGGCGCGAGCUUACGACGAGAAUGAAUCUGUUAUCGACUAUGUUCCCUUGACCAAUGACCAGCUUAAGCAGCUGCUCGCGAACCUUCCAGAGCCAUGGAAGAAGGAAGCGGAUCAUUUGCACACUGUAUUUGAUGAUGUUGAUGGACGUCAAGUUACAGAUGAGAAACAGUUGCUUGACCCUCCUGCUGAGCUUCGAAAUCCCAUGCCUCGUCAGGCACCUCAGUCUAAGCGCGCCCCCGACCCUCUCCAACAACAUAAAGACGACGAGCCAUCGCCCUUUCCACCCCUCAGACACUCACCAUCGAACAAAGGCUUCAACCACCUUGCUACUGAUGGAGUGAUCCGCAGUUUUAGCUCGAGUGGCGAGGUAAUAGAUUAUAAGCAAUCAAGCCCGGCGGAAAUUGCAAAGAUGCUGGAAUUCUUUGGAAAAUAUAUGGAUCCAGAGGCUUUUGAGGAGGUUAGGAAGAAAUUUGAGGGUGUGGACGGCAGAAAUGUGACUGAUUUGGAGCAACUGCUUCAUCCAGGACCAGGAAUUGGUCCAGAGAGAUUUAAAAAGUGA